GGAGUUUCCCCACCAGAAACUCGGCCUCAUUUGCCCAGUGUCUACCAAAAGUUCACUUUCUAGACUGUACAGCGGUAAGUCGCUAGUGCAGGCUUUUGCUCCACUUCUGCUUCCGACAUCGAAACCUCUUCAGUGGACUGGAGGGAUCCCAAGUGAGUGCAUGGCGAAGGGAUGGGCAGUUGGAGGGCCUGAGAGCUAAUGGAUGGAUGGGAUGGAUGUGAUUGGAGGGAGAGGACUGGCAGCCCCUCCAAUCCCUGGGUUUUAAAGGAGCAGGGAGAGAGGGCAGCAGCUGUGGCGGCAGCAGCCGAGUGGUGCUCGCGGAGCUCUCUCUGCCUCUGGAGUCAUUAGAGAAACAACAUCUGUCAUGGGGCCAUGCCCGGGCAGCAGAGCGCUCGAGCUGGGGAGGAGCCCUACACCUGUACCUCGGAGCAGUGCGUUCUGCAAGGCGAGAUGCUGCUCUCUCGGAGACGGGGUACACCCAAAGCCCCCCGGAAAAGUCCGACAGGCUAGGAGGAGGAAGGAAAAAAGGAGGAGUCGCCACCCGCGCCUUGGCUGAUAUCAGAGGGUGGCGGCGGGGAGGAAGGUGAAGCCGGGGUGAGCAAAGUUCAAAGUUUCCGCUCCGCUAGCUGUGGUUCAGAGGGGAAGGGUGAAGUCGGGACAUUCGAGAUUUCUAGUGUUUACAGUGGCGGAGCUCGGUUCACAGGUUGAGAUGAAUCGGGAAGAAGGUAGUAAUGGAAUGGCGAAAAUCCCCGCGGAAAAGGGGACGGACUUGCCAUCGGAUAGCAAAAGCAAAAAAAGUAAGAAAAAAGAACAUAAGCCAAGUGUCAGUACAACAACAAUGUUUCGCUUUUCUGAUGGACUGGAUAGAUUGUACAUGGUGCUAGGAACGGUUGCAGCCAUCGCACAUGGAGCAGGACUCCCUCUUAUGAUGCUAGUGUUUGGGGACAUGACGGAUAGCUUUUCCUCUGCAGGAAAAAAAAAUCUCACUAACUUUAACAUGACAAAUUUAACCAAUUUCAUAUCUGAUCUGGAAGAAGACAUGACCACGUACGCAUAUUAUUACAGUGGAGUGGGUGCUGGGGUGCUCAUUGCUGCCUACAUUCAAGUUUCAUUUUGGACCUUAGCCGCUGGACGACAGAUUAAGAAAAUUAGACAAAACUUUUUCCAUGCAAUAAUGCGCCAGGAAAUCGGUUGGUUUGAUGUCCAUGAUGUCGGGGAGCUGAACACUCGACUCACUGAUGAUGUCUCAAAAAUUAAUGACGGAAUUGGAGACAAGUUGGGACUGUUAUUUCAAUCCCUAGCAUCAUUUCUCACAGGCUUUAUUGUUGGAUUUACAAGAGGCUGGAAACUAACACUUGUGAUUCUGGCUGUUAGUCCUGUCCUAGGCCUGUCAGCUGCAGUCUGGGCAAAGAUACUGUCAUCUUUUACUGAUAAAGAAUUAUUAGCUUAUGCAAAAGCUGGAGCAGUAGCUGAAGAAGUUCUAGCAGGAAUUAGAACCGUAAUUGCUUUUGGAGGACAAAAGAAAGAGCUUGAAAGGUACAAUAAAAAUUUAGAAGAAGCUAAAAGAAUUGGGAUAAACAAAGCUAUUACAGCCAACAUUUCAAUAGGGGCUGCCUUCCUUCUGAUCUAUGCCUCAUACGCAUUGGCUUUCUGGUAUGGAACCUCAUUGAUUCUCUCUGGAGAAUACACUAUUGGAAAUGUGCUCACUGUCUUCUUUUCUGUAUUAAUUGGAGCCUUCAGUAUUGGACAGGCAUCACCAAGCAUUGAAGCUUUUGCUAAUGCAAGAGGUGCAGCCUAUGAAAUCUUCAAGAUCAUUGAUAAUAAACCAAAUAUUGACAGCUAUUCAGAGCAUGGCCACAAACCAGAUAAUAUUAAGGGAAACCUGGAGUUCAAAAAUGUUCAUUUCACUUAUCCAUCUCGGAGAGAGGUUAAGAUUUUGAAGGGCCUCAAUCUCAAGGUUAACAGUGGACAAACUGUAGCCCUGGUUGGUAACAGUGGCUGUGGGAAAAGUACAACCGUUCAGUUGAUACAAAGAUUAUAUGAUCCCACAGAGGGCAUGGUCACCAUUGAUGGACAAGAUAUCCGGACCCUAAAUGUAAGGUACCUGAGGGAAAUUACUGGAGUUGUGAGUCAGGAGCCAGUUCUGUUUGCCACCACAAUUGCUGAAAAUAUUCGCUAUGGCCGUGAAGAUGUCACCAUGGAAGAGAUCAAGAAAGCUGUCAAAGAAGCCAAUGCCUAUGACUUUAUCAUGAAACUUCCUAAUAAAUUUGACACUCUGGUUGGAGAAAGAGGAGCUCAGCUGAGUGGAGGACAGAAGCAGAGAAUAGCAAUCGCUCGAGCUCUGGUCCGGAAUCCCAAGAUCCUUCUGCUUGAUGAGGCAACAUCAGCUUUGGAUACUGAAAGUGAAGCAGUUGUACAGGUGGCAUUGGAUAAGGCAAGAGAGGGUCGUACCACUAUCGUGAUAGCCCAUCGUUUGUCUACAGUCCGUAAUGCAGAUGUCAUAGCUGGUUUUGAGGAUGGAGUUAUUGUGGAACAAGGAAAUCACAAUGAAUUAAUGAAACAGAAAGGAGUUUACUUCAAACUUGUCACCAUGCAGACAGGAGGAAACCAGAUUGAAUCAGACGGCACUAGUGAUGGAGUGGCAGAGGAAAUAAAGGACUCAUUUACAAAAGGUUCAGAAUUCAGUAUCCGAAAAAGACUGUCAACUCACACAAGUAUAAAGAAGCCACAGACUUCACACAAUAGAGAUGAUGAAGAUAAGAAGCUUGAUGAAGAUGUGCCUCCAGUUUCUUUUCUCAAGAUUCUGAAGAUGAAUGAGAGAGAAUUGCCUUAUUUUGUGGUUGGCAUUUUUUGUGCUAUUGUCAAUGGAGGUCUGCAACCAGCAUUUGCCAUAAUAUUUUCCAGGAUUAUUGGGAUCUUUGGAAAGCUAGAAGAUCCUUCAGAACAACGGUGUGAAGGAAAUUUGUUUUCACUGUUAUUUUUAGUCAUUGGAAUUAUUUCUUUUUUUACCUUUUUUUUUCAGGGCUUCACAUUUGGCACAGCUGGAGAGAUCCUUACAAAGAGGCUGCGAUAUCAGGUGUUUAAAUCAAUGCUGAGACAGGAUGUAAGCUGGUUUGAUGACCCUAAAAACAGCACUGGUGCUCUGACCACAAGACUUGCCACUGAUGCCUCCCAAGUUAAAGGGGCUACUGGUGCCAGAUUGGCUGUUAUUGCCCAGAAUAUAGCCAACCUUGGGACAGGAAUUAUCAUCUCAUUGAUCUAUGGCUGGCAGAUAACAUUUCUACUCUUAGCAAUUGUGCCCAUCAUUGCUAUAGGAGGACUUAUUCAAAUGAAAAUGUUGGCUGGACAUGCCCAGAAAGAUAAGAAAGAAUUAGAGGGUGCUGGCAAGAUCACUACAGAAGCAAUAGAAAAUUUCCGAACUGUUGUCUCCCUGACCAAGGAGAAAAAGUUUGAGGCCAUGUAUGAACAGAGCUUGCAAGGACCAUACAGAAAUUCUAUGAAGAAAGCACAUAUCUUCGGCAUCACUUUUUCUGUCACCCAAGCAAUAAUGUAUUUUUCCUAUGCUGCUUGUUUCCGGUUUGGUGCCUACUUGGUGGUAAAUGGAAUUUCAGAGUUUCAAGAUGUGCUCUUGGUAUUUUCAGCCAUCGUAUUUGGUGCCAUGGCUGUGGGACAGACAAGUUCACUUGCACCAGACUAUGCCAAGGCCAAAAUAUCAGCAGCCCAUGUCAUCCAUCUCAUAGAAAAAAGCCCCUCAAUAGACAGCUACAGUGAAGGGGGACACAAGCUGAAAAAAUUUGAAGGGAAUGUGUCAUUUAAUGAAGUUGUGUUCAACUACCCUACCCGGCCUGACAUCCCUGUGCUUCAAGGCCUGAACCUAGAGGUGAAGAAGGGUCAAACUCUGGCUCUUGUGGGCAGCAGCGGUUGUGGAAAGAGUACCGUGGUGCAACUCCUCGAGAGGUUCUAUGAUCCCCUGGGUGGAAAAGUGGGAUUUGAUGGAAAAAAUGUCAAGGAACUCAAUGUGCAAUGGCUGCGGUCUCAACUUGGCAUUGUAUCCCAGGAGCCCAUCUUGUUUGACUGCAGCAUUGCUGAGAACAUCGCCUAUGGAAACAACAGCCAGGUGGUGUCACAGAAGGAGAUUGUGAAUGCAGCUAAAGCUGCCAAUAUCCAUGCUUUCAUUGAAUCACUACCCCAAAGAUAUGAAACCAGAGUGGGAGACAAAGGGACUCAGCUCUCAGGAGGUCAGAAACAGCGCAUUGCCAUUGCUCGAGCCCUCAUCAGAAAUCCUCGGAUCCUGUUGCUAGAUGAAGCCACAUCAGCCCUGGAUACAGAAAGUGAAAAGGUUGUCCAAGAAGCCCUGGACAAGGCCAGAGAAGGUCGCACGUGUAUUGUGAUCGCCCAUCGGCUCUCCACCAUCCAGAAUGCUGACCUUAUUGUGGUAUUCCAGGAUGGCAAGGUCAAGGAACAAGGCACACACCAAGAGCUGAUGGCUCAGAAAGGCCUCUAUUUUUCACUGGUCAAUGUUCAGAGUGGGGCAAAGCGCAUUUAAACUCCUUUUACUCACUUCAUACAUUUCAUAAGUUAAAUGUUUCCUCUAUUUGUGUUUAAAAAUGGAAUCAUGGCCAUAAGACUUUGCUUUGAGUAUGAGAAAGCAAGUCCUCUUGGUUGUCUCAUCCUUUUUUUUUUAUCAGCUUCUUCUACAACUGGAUCUCUGCCCAUAGAAUUCAUAUGUCUCUAGAAGAGAAGGAACAGUACAUUAGGAAGAUUUAUCAAUGUCUCAUGGGUUGGGAUAUUUAUGGGAGUAUUGAGACUGUCUUUUUUUUAAUAAUUAUCAAAGCAAUUACAUUUUUAAUUCUAGUCUCCCUCAGAAUGUAUCUGAUUUUCCUUGCAUUAAAAAAAAAAAAGAUGCCGUGACCAAAGGGGAAGGUGGGGAAUAGCUACUGAAAUAACUGUUAGUAAAAUGUAAGAGCUGGUAACAAAAACAGAACAUUUCUAGGAUUUGGUAUAAUAUUGUCCAAGCAUACACAGGAUAGUCCAUGUCCCAAUCAAAAUAGUAUAGAUUUCUAUUGUGAGGAAUUUAGCAUAAAAUAGCAGAUCCCUGUUCUGUCUUUUUCUCAUACUGGGUUCUACAGAGCCAUACAAGCCUUUUCACUCUUCCGUUCAACCCUGUUGUUUUUUACUUUUCAAUUUCUCUUAUUGUAGUCAAAUAAGUGACAAUGGAAAACCAAAGCAAGAUUCAUUCAUUUGUCUGGGAUCAGGACAGAAAUGGUAAAUCAUAUGAUUAAAUCUUCCUUUGGUGUAUUUUUACUAUUUUUGCAUUGUUGCAGCAAAGUGUUAUUAAAGAUUUCUAAUAUUUUUGCACUUUAAAAAAUAAAAAAACUGCAUUACUGUUUUCAUUUAAA